AUGGCGGCGCCGUCGUCGUCGUUCUCCGUCUUACACCUCCUCGCCGCCGCCAUCUGUCUCAUCCUUCUGCCUGAUUCUGCUCACGCCACCCCAGUAGAUUUCCAAUACUGCGUUGACGAAAUCUUGUAUAGAGUGAGUGUUUACGAAGUUGACAUCACUCCCGAUCCCGCGGUUCUCAACAAGCCAAUUACUUUCAACAUCUCAGCAUCCACUGUUGUGAAUAUCCAUGCCGGAGAAGUGGAGAUGGAGGUUUACGAUAUUGGAACGAUCCGUCUCUAUGCGGGAACUACAGAGCUCUGCAAGGGCGAUAUCCACUGUCCUAUUCUUCCUGGCUACUUCGAGUUAUCUGAAGUCCGAAAUAUGAUGCUCCCAUCAGGCACUUUCUACACAGUGAAGAUGACGUUGAGGGAAACUGGUAGAUUUGAUCUGACUUGCAUCAGCUUCAAACUCCCACUCGGUUUGUUCCCCUCCGUGCUCACUUACUACUGA